CUCGUCGCUGUCACUGCCGCUAGGGCUGACGGUGUGAGAAGGAGAGCGAGAGAGACAGAGGGAGAGAGAGAUGCAAUUGAGCAUUUGGGUCAUUAAUUGCAAGGAUAAAAUAGAUAUUUUGAUUGCCCCGUAAAGUUUUUGUAAUAUUUAUUCUAUACAAAUAGCAUAACUCUUCUAUAGGCUUUAGUUGAUAAUAUAUAUAUAUAUAUAUCCCAAUUCAAUUGGGAUUGGGAAUGGGAUUUGGAUUAGGAUUGCGCUAUCCUUUUUCAUACUUGUUUUCUUAUCUAACUUUCCAAAUUGAAAAUGAAGCAAUUUUUGUAUAUAUAAGAAUUAAUUAAAAUGAGCAAAUCAUAUCAUUUAUAUCUUUUAUAUAUAAGUCAUGUUACUUGUACAUUAUUUAUGUACAUUUUGAAUUAUACAAAAUGCAUAAAUGAUAUAAAUAUUCCUCGUCUCAAUACGCCUUAUCAUCUUGGGUGAGGGCAUUUUAGACAUUAAUACAUCAUUAUAUAGUGUAAGAUGUACAAAAUAAUAUACUAAUAAUAUUUUUCUUAUGUAUAUAUAUAUAUAUGUAUUUUUUAUUGAUAUUAUGUGCCAAAUUCACUAUUUCUGUUCAUUUUACUUAAAAUGAGCAAACCCACUUGUGUGGUUUCAUAAAUGAUUUGUUUUAUUUUAAAAUAAUAUUAAUUUAAUAAAUUUAGAUCAUUUCCUCCAUGCAGUGCCCUUCAUCUGAUGCCUUUUUGGCUGGCUGCACUAUUCUCUCUGUCGCUUUCUCAAUUUAUAAAUUAAAAGGAAAGAUGUAAAGGAUUUCUCAUCUUAUAUAUAUAAGGCUUCAUAUAAUAUCUAUAUAUAAAUACAUAUAUUUUUUAUUUUAUGUUGAUAAUAUAUAUAAAUACGUAUAUAUAUAUAGGAAAGAUGUAUCCUUUUGCUUAUUUAUAUAUAUAUAGACACAGAACAGAAACAAGAUUCUUCCUCUCAGUCCAGUUGGGUUUCAAACUUUUGCAGGCUAUCCUGUAUGUAACUUUCCCGCGAAAAAUACGGUGAAAUGGAAGAGAGAGAUUGGCCGUUGAGGGUGGAAAGAUUCAUUGGUUUGUCAUGGACGGUUGGAUAUCGGAGAGAGAAAGUUGGAGAUGAAGAGAGAGAGCUGUUGGGGGAUAAACAGGAAAUCAUUGGGGAUUCAAUUCUGUGUGAGAGAGAAGGAUGGACAGCGGCAGGGGAAGCUGAUAUAGAUUGUUGUUAUUUUUCAGAGAGAGAGAGAGAGAGAGAGCCUCUUCUUCUCCCUCUCCCCCCGAAGAAGAUAACAGAAACCGGCCCCAUUUGCAGCGGCUCAUUGUGUUCCUUCUCACACGAAUCGUCGUUUUGCUAUUGGGUUUUUGUUUUAGAUAUGAAUUAGCAGAGGAAAGGAACAAUCAAUUAUGGGCGAGGUCGGUAAUGAGAAAGGGGUUCUUUCCUCCAAAAGCAUUGAUCUUCCCAAAUCCAAGAGGCUCUAUCAAGUUUGGAGGGGCCGCAAUAAAUUUUUAUGCGGUGGAAGAUUGGUCCUUGGUCCUGAUGCAUCAUCACUGUAUUUAUCUUCAUUCCUGAUAGGAGGCCCAGCUAUCAUAUUCUGCAUAAAAAUGCUCAUAAGGAUUCAAACAGCUCAACAGUUACAUGGGUAUUCUCCAUUAAUAGUGGGAUGUGUCCUCACAGUUUUGGAUCUAACUUUCCUCUUCCUAACAUCCACAAGAAAUCCUGGCAUAAUACCAAGGAACUCAAGGCCACCUGAUUCAGAUGAACUCGAUUUCAGUGUCUCAUCUAUGGAAUGGAUCAACACUACAACCCCCAAUUUGAAAUUACCACGAACUAAGGAUCUGAGGGUUAAUGGAUACACUAUUAAAGUGAAGUUCUGUGACACUUGUUUGCUAUAUCGGCCACCACGUGCUUCUCACUGUUCCAUUUGCAACAAUUGUGUGCACAGGUUUGAUCAUCACUGUCCAUGGGUGGGUCAGUGUAUUGGAAUACGCAAUUAUCGAUUCUUCAUCCUGUUUAUAUCAUCAUCAACCAUGCUCUGCAUAUAUGUCUUCACAUUCUCAUUGAUGAAUCUGAUGCAACAGACAAGCGGCUUCUGGCGUACUGUCUCAGAAGAUAUUGUAUCAGUUGCCCUAGUAAUAUAUUGCUUCAUAGCCAUUUGGUUUGUUGGUGGACUUACUGUUUUCCACUUCUACCUUAUCAGCAAAAACCAGACGACUUAUGAGAAUUUCCGUUAUCGCUACGACAAGAAGGAAAACCCAUAUAACAAAGGGAUAAUGAAGAACCUUAAGGAAUUCUUUUUCUCCAAGACCCCAUCAUCAGAAAUCAAUUUCAGAGAAUGGGUAGUGGAAGAUGACACCGAAAUGGAUGAGAUGAUUGGCAAAGAUGGUGCAAUGAUGGUUCCAAAUAUUUUGCAAAAUUUGGAUUAUGCAGGAAUUGAUGAUAAUCUAAAGAAGGACAGAGGGGGUGAUAUCGCAUAUGACUCAUUCUUGUUUGAUGCCAAGAAAGAACUGAGACAAUCACAAUUGGACCCCACUAAUGGCUAUAGUAAUACUACAGAUGAAAUGUCCAAGGAUCAUAACUCCCGUUGAUGUUCUUUAGAGAUUCCUUCAUCAUUAAAGAGGGCUAAGUCCAUGCAAUUUCAUCUGGUGGCAUUAUCUUGAUAUCUUCGUGUGCAUUGGCCUUAAUUUACUGAUGAUAAAGCUAAAAAUCAAAGCUUCAGUCCCCAUUGAUUGUGAAUUGUUCAAGACUCAAGGCAACCCUCAAAGUCAGAGAAGGAGGAGGAAACUAAGAAGUGUAAAAGGAAUGGAAGAAAAGGUAGGAGAAAAUCAAGCUCCAACUUGAAAUGCUAAAUACAACAAAGUGCAGGGCUAGCAACAACAUGAUGGUGCCAAAUAUCUUUUCUUGUUGUUCAUUUCAUUCAUUAACUGUGGCUGUGUUCAUCUUUUUCAAUUUCUGGGAGAAGGGUUAUUGCUUGGGGGAGUUUGUAAAAUUGUUGAUUGUUGAAUAUAGAGUUGUUAGUCCCUUUCUUGUAGUUAGAAGUGGUGGGGGUAAAGGAAAACAAAAAUUAUAAAUGUGAUGUGAUACCUGCACUACCGUUGCUAUAUUGUCACUAUGCUUAUGCUUAUGUUGGGGACCGGAAACAUCACUACUAAAUUGUUGGUACGAACUCAUCUCCAAUGUCGAAUUGAUGCUAAAGAGGUUAUAAUGUCUUGUUUGUAAGAUUGUAACUAAAGUUAAAUCACUUUAUACUCUAAUUUAUGUAUAUAUUUAUGUGU